AUGCCCUCGCUCCCAGCACUCAUCUCCCUCGGCCUGCUCCUGAGCAGCGUCCAAGCCAUCCACAACGCAAGUCCCACACCCUCAACCUACGAAACAGCUGCUAACCAGAUUCUACAAAGCGCCGAGACACUUGUACCUGCAACCCAGACAACCAAGCCAUUCAAUCCUGGAACGGCGGCUGCUAUUGCUGCCCCGGCGUCUUCGUGGGAUCAGCCAGUAGCCAAUACUGCUGCUUCGUCGACGCAAAGCUGUGCGGCGAGUGUUUACUUGACGGAUCCGGGUUAUAGCAGCAAAGCGGCGGCGUACACUAGCGGCAAUGGUGCGGUGAGCACUGGCAAGCAGACAUCUGGAGAUAACAGUACGCCGACCUCUGCCUCUUCUGCUUCUGGUGGAAGUGGAGAGGAAGAUAGUCCUCCAUCGUCUUCGUCCUCCAGCAAUGCGGGACUUGCUGCGGCUCUUGUGACAAGCGGUCCUUUGGUUGGAGCGUGGAUGGUAGCAGGCGGUCUCAUGCUGGCAGCAUAA